AUGUCGUCUUCCAAAACAUUACUACCCCAGGAGGGUACCGGCCGCUCUGCGGUUGGAGAAUCCCUCCCCACGUCCUUGGAUGUGGGCAGCCCCACCGUAUCUGGGGGGGGCAAAAGUCGACAACGGGGCCGUUGCCCCAAAAUUGCAGGCCGCAAUGUGGCCAGAUGUAGAAGCCGCGGGCGAUCAUCUACCCCAAAAGGGGAAUGUGAGCGCGAGAGAUCGCCGUACAGCACGCCGGGCGGUUCGCUAUUCGCGAGCGAUGUUUCAGACCCGGAGGAGGACCUUCCUGAAGUUUAUUUGACGGAAGCGCCCCCUACCAGGCCGAAACUUAAGCGCAGGUCGGACGAAAUAGAGGAAGAGGAAUUGUCCCCCGACAGGGGGUCCAAGGUCGGAACCGCAGCAAGAGGGCGAGGACCUGCCAAGUCCCACUCUGGUAGAGUGAAACCCAGGACGAUUCCCUCCAACUCCGAGGAAGAUAUCAACCAUGGGACGCAAUACCUUCGCAACUCUCAUCAGGAGACCGCUGGGGGACCGCUUGAAAUUGCGAGUCACGCAGAGACUAUCCGAAAGGCUGCCCAGUCCAUCUUGGAUAAUGCUACAAGGUCGGGACCUUUGGACAGCUCGAUUUGGGCCAAUCUGAGGGAUAACUGCCAGCAGCUGCUAGGCACUGCAAGCAAAUUGCAGGAGGAGACGGCCGAGGCCGAGGUGAUUCGUAAAUUAAAGGCGGACAAUAAGCGGAUGAGUGAAGAACUGGCUCUCCUGAGACAGGAGACGAAGGCUCUCCGCUCUGCUUUUUCAGAGCGAAAAGCGCUUCAGGAGAACACCUCGGACUCGACGUUCAUGGCCCGGGUUGAGCAAGCCCUAACCGAGUUCAGGGAGACCAUUACUCGGGACCUGUUCGUGUCUUUGGGAGGCAUGGUCAAUGACCGCCUCAAGGAUGCUGAAAGGAGGCGCAUUAUUGCUCCUAAGGAGAUAUUACGCCCUCCACUAGCAGCGGACCAAAGGCGACUCGAGGCUAAAGAAGCCGUAGGUAACCAGGGAGCGGACACAUCAAAGUCUAAUCCGGUGCCCACGGUGCCGGUGACGGCCGGUACAACAGGAUCCACCCUGAUUUCACCUGCAAGAGCGGGCCCAGCUCCCAAGGGCAAAAAGAAAAGAAAAAGAAAGAAAAAGAAAUCCGGGCUUGCUCCUGACGCCGCUUCUCAGGAUCCUGCUCACGCCCUUGACACCCUUGAACCUUUAGCGGUCGUUGAGGGACCCUGGACGAUGGUCGUCCGCAGGGGACAAGGCAAGGGAUUAGGCAAAGGAAAGCAAACUAGUAGGAAAGCCCCAAAGAGUUUCACCCUGCCCAAAUCAUCAGCGGUGGUAGUGACACUGAAGCCGGAGUCUUCUACCGACUACAAGUCAGUAAUGAGUAGGGUGACAACUCUUCAAUUAUCGUCCAUAGGGGUGGAGCACGCUGCGGUGCGCAGAACCGCUACGGGGGCUCGUAUUAUAGAGAUUCCAGGUGGGGACAGUGGCGCCGCGGCUGACAACCUUGCCGACAAAAUAAGAGAAUUGGUGGGGGAUGUCGCCGUGGUAUCUCGGCCAUAUAAAACAGCGCAAAUAAAAAUUGCAGGCUUCAAUGAAGCUGUUACGCCGGAGGCCCUUCAAGCCGAGGUAUCCAAGGUCGGGAAUUGUCCACUAGGACAGGUAAAACUAGGGCAAAUUCGGCUUGCACCAAAUCAGACUGGGGCUGUCAUAGUUACCUGCCCCGUCGCCGCGGCUAAUACCCUGAUCACGGCUGGCCGCCUCCUAGUAGGAUGGUCAGCCGCCAGAGUAAUUGGCCUAAAGGCUUUGCCAAUGCGCUGCUUUAGGUGUAUGGGUAUGGGUCAUACUCGAGCCUUAUGUCCUUCCCCAGUGGACAGAUCGGACUUGUGCCACCGCUGCAGCAAAGCGGGGCACCUCACCUCGGCGUGUGGUGUUAAAGAACCCUGGUGUGCGGUGUGUCAUCUGGCAAAAAAGCCGGCAAAUCACGUAAUGGGGGGUAAAGUCUGCAACCCCCCUCGUACCAAAGGACGGCUGGCGACAGCGGCGCCUCCAACUGCGCCUACAACGGCGCCAGAGAUAGGUGGUGAAAUGGAGCAAUGA